GUUAAUAAUUGUGGUCUUCAGCUGGUUAUCCAGACCUCGUCCAUAACAGAUAAAAGCAAAUCAUUUGAAUUCAGGAUAAAUAAAGAACAGUCAUCUUUCCACAAUAGACUUCUGCAGCAUGAUCUGGAAAAAAACUAUUCAGGAAGGCAAGGAGACCAGAGAGUAUUAAGCCCUUUGGUGCGUAAUAAGCAGUUGUAUCUUCCAGUACCGUCCAGUCUGACAGAACUUUCUGGUUUGGAGUUGAAGCAGAAUUCAGGUUCUUUAUCAGGAUUUGGCGAGUCUUCUGUUCACACACCUAAAAAAUCCAGAUCCCAAGAAAGCAGUUACAGUAUUAGUUCACAUGCUUCAGGUAACAAUAACACAAAUUUUGGGAGCAGUUCAUCAAUAACAUUUCCAGUACUGCAACGUACUGCUGAAGAAAAAAUUCUGAGCUCUGACAGACUUACCCUGGAAAGGCAAAAACUGACAGUGUGCCCAGUUAUCGAUGGAGAAGAUCAUCUCCGCCUUUUGAAUUUCCAACAUAACUUUAUAACUCGCAUCCAAAAUAUUUCUAAUCUGCAGCAUCUUGUUUUCUUAGAUUUGUAUGAUAAUCAAAUAGAGGAAAUAAGUGGCCUUUCAACUCUGAGAUCUCUAAGAGUCCUUUUGUUGGGAAAAAACAGAAUAAAGAAGAUCUCCAAUCUGGAGAACCUAAAAAAUCUUGAUGUUUUAGAUCUUCAUGGAAAUCAGAUUACUAAAAUAGAAAACAUCAGUCAUUUGAGUGAACUGAGAGUGUUAAACCUUGCCAGAAACCUACUAACCAUUGUAGAAAACCUUAAUGGACUGGAUUCGCUCACAGAGCUCAACCUUCGUCAUAAUCAAGUUUCUACUAUUAAAGAUGUGGAUACUUUGCCCCGUCUCCAACGCCUCUUCCUCAGCUUCAACAAUAUAUCUAGUUUUGAGGAUAUUCUGUGCCUUGCUGAUUCCUCAUCUUUGUCAGAUAUCACCCUUGAUGGCAAUCCAAUAGCUCAGGAGACAUGGUACAAACACACUGUUCUCCAUCAUAUGAUGCAGCUCCGACAGCUAGAUAUGAAGAGAAUCACAGAAGAAGAAAGACGUAUGGCAUCUAUUGCAGCAAGGAAAGAAGAAGAAAGGAAGCGUGAAAGCCAUAAACAGACCUUGCUUAAG